CGGCUUCUGGUGCUUUAGGAGUCCUGGGAGAGGACUGCGCAGCAUCACGGCUCGCCAACCUCGAGGGGCGGUCGGACCCCCAUACCUGGGUCCUUUGGGCCCCUCCCCAGAGGCGGGGCUCAGGUUAAGGACCAAUGAGCACCGCUCGGGGCACUGCCCCUGCCCCGCCCCCCGAGCCGCGGCCUCGCAGAGCGCCCGGCAGCCUGGCGCUCAGGCCUGUGGCCGCGCGAGCGCCGAGUCUUCCCCUGGACACCAAGAUGCCGGGCGAGCAGCAGGCAGAGGAGGAGGAGGAGGAAGAGAUGCAGGAGGAGAUGGUGCUACUGGUGAAGGGUGAGGAGGAAGAGGGUGAGGAGAAGUAUGAGGUGGUGAAACUCAAGAUCCCCAUGGACACCAAGGAGGUCCCCGGCGAGAAGUCGGCGCCGUCAGCCGACCCGGCGCGCCCCCACACGUGCCCCGACUGCGGCCGCGCCUUCGCGCGCCGCUCCACGCUGUCCAAGCACGCGCGCACUCACACGGGCGAGCGGCCUUUCGCGUGCACCGAGUGCGGCCGGCGCUUCUCCCAGAAGUCGGCGCUGACCAAGCACGGCCGCACUCACACGGGCGAGCGGCCCUACGAGUGCCCUGAGUGCGACAAACGCUUCUCUGCCGCCUCGAACCUGCGGCAGCACCGACGGCGUCACACAGGCGAGAAGCCGUACGCGUGCGCGCACUGCGGCCGGCGCUUCGCGCAGAGCUCCAACUACGCGCAGCACUUGCGCGUGCACACGGGCGAGAAGCCGUACGCGUGCCCGGACUGUGGCCGCGCCUUCGGCGGAAGUUCGUGCUUGGCGCGCCACCGACGCACGCACACGGGCGAACGGCCGUACGCGUGCGCCGACUGUGGCACGCGCUUCGCGCAGAGCUCGGCGCUGGCCAAGCACCGGCGCGUGCACACCGGCGAGAAGCCGCACCGCUGCGCGGUGUGCGGUCGGCGCUUCGGCCACCGCUCCAAUCUAGCGGAGCACGCGCGCACGCACACAGGCGAGCGGCCAUAUCCGUGUACGGAGUGCGGCCGCCGCUUCCGUCUUAGCUCUCACUUCAUCCGCCACCGCCGCGCGCAUAUGCGGCGCCGCUUGUAUAUCUGCGCUGGCUGCGGCCGGGACUUCAAGCUGCCCGCGGGCGCCACGGCCACCGAGCGCUGCCCCGAAUGCGAGGGCAGCUGAGCCGCGGUGGAGGUGGGAGCGUCAGGCUGAGGAGGCUGGAGAGGGGUGCAUCGGGAAGCACCCUGGUUGCCUUAUCCCGAUGGCGCCUCUCCUGCCCCCCCACCUGGGCUGGGAAAUGGGAUGUCGGGCAUGGCUGCUCCAGGCCUGGGAGACAGGAAGAGUGGCCUCCUGGGAUCCCUGGAAACCUAGCCCACCUCCCUCGCUAUAUUCUUUGGCCCGUGUUAGUGAAUAAAGUAUUAUCCUCA